CUUCCCUUUUAACAAAGGUUCUUACCCUUUUUAUGCAUACCGGUAAUUACAUUCACGAAUAAAAAGGAAUAAUCAUAUGUAUUAUAUUGCAAAAAGGCAGGAUUGUCUUUAAUUACUUGCUUUGAUGUAUUGUGUAAUGGGGCUUAGAAAACGAGUCCAAGUUUCUCUUUAAUUUUAAGGGGAAGUAAUCUGUAAUCAUCAGUCAUGCACAUGUGAGGAGUGUUCACUGGCGCACUCUGAACUUUUAGCUUCCUUUUAACAUCCAACUGAGGUUUAUUUUUCGCCACUGGAACAGUAAAUGGAUUCUUCCUUGGAGAGCUCCAGCUCGUCGAACGGUGUCCCGGUGCGUUGCCGUCGUACUUGUAAGAUCAUUGUGAUCGGAGAUGCCGGAGUCGGUAAGACCUGUUUGACACACCGCUUCUGCACCGGACAGUUUCCCAGCAGAACGGAGGCGACAAUCGGGGUGGACUUUCGUGAGAAACUUCUUGAUGUAGAAGGCGAGAAAGUCAAAGUACAGCUGUGGGACACUGCUGGUCAGGAACGUUUUCGUAAAAGCAUGGUGCAGCACUACUAUCGCAAUGUGCACGGGAUCGUCUUCGUGUUUGAUGUCACUAACCACAUUAGUUUCCGCAAUCUGCCUCUGUGGAUGGACGAGUGCCGUCAGCACUCUCUUGGUCCAGAUAUUCCCCGGGCCCUUGUUUGCAACAAGGCCGAUCUGGUCACUCCGAUUACAUCUGUGGUAGUCGAGCAGGCUCGUCAUUUGGCCGAAGUCCACGGAAUGUCUUUUUAUCUUACUUCAGCCAAAGGUCACAAAGGGGACCAGGUGGAGAGCAUCUUUGUGACAUUGGCAAAGAGUCUGAAGAGCCAGAGAAGCCAGAGUGUGAACGAAUGUGUGCUAAGGUGCAGAUCUGAGAGCUUCAAAACCCCAGCAAAAGUCACAAUAGCACAGGAGGACACCAAGAAGAAAUGGGGCUGCAUCUGCAACUGACAGAUAAACACACAAGACAGAGUGGUGUGAUUUAUUUCAGUAUUUCCACUGACAGCGACAAGUAUCCUUUGAGAAUCACAAGGCUGUGGUCCGAAAGAGGGAAAAUCAAACUUUUUGCCAUCAUGGCAACUUGUGAAGAUUUAUGUUGGCUAUUAUGCAAAGGGACAAUUCAUGAAGGGAUUCCUCCGGCAGGGAACCUUCCUCAAGUGUAACCGCUAGACUAAAUGACUUUAUUCUAAACCUGGAGAUUUCAAAAACCGCUUAAUGGAGCUAAAAGACUAGUUGGUUAAAAUAAAUAGUUUGUGUAGUCUCUGACAACUGAAUCUUCACUUGUUCUUGCUGCUCUUUGUGCUGACUCAUACAUGUGUGUCUGACUGUAACUGUGACUGUAUUACACAAUUUAAUUUAACAGCAAAGUUUUUAUAAUUCAAUAAACAGGAAGAAAAAUGCAA